AUGCUACCAGAAAAAGCAACAAUAUCAAAAAAAAAUGAUAGCACUAGAAAAGCGACAACACCAGGAAAAGUGACAACACCAGAAAAAGAGAUCAGAAUCAAUGCUAUCAGAAAAAGUGACAGCACUAGGAAAAAUGAUGGCAUUAGAAAAACGAUGGUACCAGGAAAAGUGACGAUACCAGUAAAAGCAAUGAUACCAGAAAAAGAGAUCAGAAUCAAUGCCACCAGAAAAAGUGAUGACACCAGGAAAAAUGACAUUACUAGGAAAAGCGACGACACCAAAAAA